AUGUAUUGGAAACCAUUGCUUUCUCAACCGGAAACCAAAUCAGCUCUGUUUUUAUUAUCAGCAAGCGUUUUUUUACUAAUCUCAGUGUGUUUUAUGCAAUCAUUCACACUUACAGGUUAUAUCGUUGCGUCGCUUGUUAUUGGAUUUACCUGCCGAAAACUGGCUAGUGGUCGCUCAUUUAUUCACCUCGACUACGGUUUAACUGGAAAAGUGGUCAUUAUCACCGGUGCAUCGUCGGGUAUUGGACGAGUAGUAGCAGUGGAACUGGCCAAAUUAGGAGCAAAAGUUAUUCUGGGGAUCCGUGGUGAGCGGCGAGCAAAAAUAAUAGCUGAAGAUAUUCAACAUGCAGCAAAAGUUAGCCCGGGUAAAGUUAUCGGUUACAACUUGGAUUUAUCAGAUUUAACGACGAUAAAAUCAUUUGUUGAUCAAAUUCUGGAACACGAACAGAGUGUGGAUAUUUUAGUGAACAAUGCUGGAAUCUUACGAAAGGCUCAUUCGUUAACGGUUGAUGGUUUUGAGAGUCAUUUUGGAAUCAAUCAUCUGGGCCAUUUUUAUCUAACUCAACUUCUUUUACCAUUAUUAAUACAAUCAAAAGCACGCAUAAUAGCUGUUAGUUGUAUGACGAGCUGGAGUUCUUUUGAUGAAGACAGGAUCAAUUAUCAAUUUCCAUUGUCAAACUAUCAUGGAAUGACUGCUUAUAGUAAAUCAAAAUUAGCUCAGAUUUGGCAUGUAUCUGAAUUACAACGACAUUAUGGUGAUCAAGGCAUUACCGCAUUUUCGCUUCAUCCUGGUGUGGUAAACACACACAUUUGGCGUGAAUCUCCAAAGUACGUACAGGCGUUGCUACGAGUACUCCAUUAUUUAGUGACAAAAACACCGUUUCAAGGUGCACAAACAGUGUUAUACUGCUGUUUAGCCGAUAAUUUGAAAUCAGGUGUAUUUUACGCUGAUUGUCACGAAGCGCAGCCAGUUUCAUUAGGUUACAAUGAAAAACUAGCCAGAGAAUGCUGGGAUAUUAGUGAGAAAAUGAUCAAAGAAAAACUGCAUUAA